UGUCAAGGUUUCACAUACAUCAGAUGUCAUUGAAAAUGAAAAACUUGGCUAUAACCGUGUGCAUCAUAACACUCCAUUUGGUAUCUGGACACACACCAUAUCUAGAGUAUCUGGGAUCACGGGUGAGGAAUUUAGAGAGGGUUCUCGAUUCCAUCAUGAAAGGCAAAGGCGGCAUUGCAUUCUCAGCCCAACUGUCUUCACCCAGAGCGUACAAACUACACGAGACGUGGAUCUUUGACACAGUUCUUGUAAAUGACGGUAACGCCUACAAUAAGGCUACGGGAACCUUUACAGCUCCUGUUGGCGGAACCUAUGGCUUUACUUGGUCUACACUGACGAGUCCGUCCAAAGCGGCCCAUCCUUUCCUGAGGGUGAACGGUCAUUACAAAGGAUGUACAGCUUUCAACAAUCUGGGAACUUCACAAAGGUUUUGGAGCAGUGGGUCGAACACAAUUCUUGUUCAUCUGAAAAAAGGUGGCAAGGUCAACAUUGCUUCUGGAUACCUAACAUCCUAUGCAAGAGAAGCUUAUUCAUCGUUCUCUGGUUGGAAAAUUUACUAAUUGUUGAAUUGCUUUUCAAACAUACUGAAAUAAAGACUUUUAUAUA